AUGUCCGUGUCACAAAAGAGACAGUUUACGGGGAGAUGCUCGACACUCUUCUGGCGUUUGUUUCCUCAUGUUUUCCUAAUUUUAUCACUCGUUUUAUACGCGGUUUUAGGAGCGCUUGUCUUCAGAGCGAUUGAGUACACGAAUCCUCGAAAUGAGUCGGAGGAGAUCCUGUCCAUUGUGCAAAAAGUGAUGGAGAUCGUUCAGAAUCACACAGACGCCUCAGAGCAGAAGCACCUAAUCAAUAAAGCAAAAUACAUUUUGGAUGAUUACUGUUAUGAGAAGGAACGUGAUCACGGAUGGACCUUCUUUGCUUCACUUUUCUUCUGCUGUACAGUGUUCACUACUGUAGGUUAUGGACGAAUUUAUCCGUUGACAAGUAAAGGGAAAGUGGCAUGUGUCCUGUAUGCGAUGGUGGGCAUCCCUCUGAUGCUGCUGGUCAUCUCGGAUGUGGGCGAUCUCUUAGCUGUUCUCCUCUCCAAAGCAUAUACUCGCCUUAACCUGUUCUUCAGAAGAUGGAUAGGACAUCAGUCAUGGAGACUUCAGAGCCACGAAAAGACAUCAGCUCUCCCACAAGUUCAAGCUGAUACUGACGGCACCUAUAAGUUCAAUCAGGAUGUCGUGGUGCUCGAGACAACAAACAAUCAACAGGUGAUACAAACUAGGUCUUCCAUCAGGCGCGGGUCCUUUCAGCUCCGUAACAACAAAGAGAUCUUUGACCGCAUUAUUGUAAGGGAGAGCUUCAGGAUCAAAGGAACUCUUUCAAAAUCCUGUUCAUGCCCAGAACUGGACCGUGUGCCAACCCCAAAAGAUGAGUUAUUCAACGACAUCGGACAGGAGAUGGAGCAGUUGGACGUCCCUUUGCUGGUCAUCUUGCUGAUGGUGUUUGCCUACAUGGUGAUCUGCAGUCAGAUUCUGAAAUGCUGGGAGAAGCAGAUGGACCAUUCUGAUGCCUUUUAUUUCACCUUCAUCACCCUAACCACCAUUGGCUUUGGCGACAUUGUGCCUGAACACCCAAAAUUCUUCAUGGUUACUUUUUUGUUCAUCAUCACAGGCAUGGCCAUUAUGAGUAUGGCCUUUAAACUUGGCCAAUCGCAAAUUGUUUGCUUUUACAGGCGGUGUAUAAAGAGUCUAAGCAUGGGCAAGGUAAGAAUUCACAAUGACUUAAACAACAACUGA